CAAACAAAAAUACGAAAAAGGAAGCGCAAACAUAAACCCUCCCAUUCCAUUCCGAACUUUAAGGAACCAUUAUCCCUUGGAAACUGCCGGCUGCUUCAGGAAGUGAAAAUGAAAAGAAUGAUAGCGUUGGGGUUUGAGGGUUCAGCGAACAAGAUUGGUGUUGGGGUAGUGACCUUAGAUGGCACAAUUCUCUCAAAUCCACGGCACACAUACAUCACUCCUCCUGGUCAAGGCUUUCUCCCAAGAGAGACAGCACAACACCAUCUCCAACACAUUCUUCCACUUGUCAAUUCCGCUUUGGAAACUGCAAACAUAACUCCACAGGACAUUGACUGCCUCUGCUACACCAAGGGCCCUGGAAUGGGGGCUCCGUUGCAAGUCUCUGCCAUUGUUGUUCGUGUGCUCUCACUGCUUUGGAAGAAACCCAUUAUUGCUGUCAACCACUGUGUGGCACACAUUGAGAUGGGAAGGGUUGUCACCGGUGCUGAUGACCCUGUGGUCUUAUAUGUUAGUGGUGGCAAUACUCAAGUCAUUGCUUACAGCGAAGGGCGCUAUAGAAUCUUUGGAGAGACCAUUGACAUUGCUGUGGGAAAUUGCUUGGAUCGCUUUGCAAGGGUAUUGACACUUUCCAAUGAUCCAAGCCCCGGCUAUAACAUUGAGCAGCUUGCGAAAAAAGGAGAGAAGUUUAUAGACCUGCCUUAUGCUGUCAAAGGGAUGGAUGUAUCUUUUAGUGGAAUAUUGAGCUAUAUUGAAGCAACUGCUGUUGAAAAGCUAAAGAAUAAUGAAUGCACGCCUGCAGACUUGUGCUACUCUCUGCAGGAGACAGUAUUUGCCAUGCUUGUGGAGAUAACAGAGCGGGCAAUGGCUCAUUGUGACACAAAAGAUGUUCUCAUAGUUGGUGGUGUAGGUUGCAAUGAGCGGUUGCAAGAGAUGAUGAGAACCAUGUGCUCUGAACGUGGUGGAAGGUUGUUUGCUACUGAUGAUAGGUAUUGCAUUGACAAUGGAGCAAUGAUAGCUUACACUGGUCUCCUUGAAUUUGCUCAUGGUGCAUCAACUCCACUGGAGGAUUCUACAUUCACCCAGCGGUUCCGGACAGAUGAAGUGAAAGCAAUAUGGAGAGAAGCAAAUUCAGCAAAAUUGAAUGGUCUUGCAGAGAAGAGCAUUUGAUUUCUCAAUUGUGAGGUCUAAGUCUGAGUUCUCAAUUGUGACUAAGUACAAAAAGAUCUUGUGACUAAUUAAUAUUCAAAUCAUCCUCCUCUCCUUCAAGCUGAAGGUUGUACCCAUGGACUUGAUAUUUAUUCGCACGGUGAAUUUAUAUAUGAAGAAACACGUCACUUUAUUUGAUAUAUUGUUGUAUUACUGAGUGGUGCUGGCAUCCACACCAAGAUGUAUCAUGGUCCAUGGUUCUGUAUCAAUGACAUUGGCUUUGUACCAAAGUCAAUGGAAAGCUUUUGCAUUGCGUUCUGGUGUGAGUGACUUUGCAGUAGCUCUUUUCGCUCUCGUAGGACAUAUAGACUAAAACUUAUCCAUGUAAAAUAUUUUUGUGUUCACCAAGGUAGUCACUCUUUUUAUACUUUGUUUA